AUGCUCCCUCGGGCACGAACGUCAUUCCGGAAGAGGGGCAGGCAGUUGGCUGUGGCAGAGCCCUCGACAGCCCGCCGUCUGGAUCCGCGAAUGACCAUCUUUGCCAGGCCCAGGGGCGAGCCCACCAGUAGAUCCUUCGAGCGACCGUACUGGGUGACCACAUAUCAGGAGCGCGGAGCUGAAGCGCAACCAAAACCCGAGGAGAAGCCCCUUCAGACACUCAAACACUUAUGGCGCAGCGCGCACCCUCAGCACAAGAAUGGCGAGAUAUUCCCAACAUUGACAGUCACAAGAUCAACUCCCGGGGCAGGAACCGAGUGCAAACUAGCCGGUGAUGCACCGGGACAGAGGCUGAAGCCGCAGCCCCGAGAAGGGAAGAUUCGGGGAGCGAAUUUUGCCGCAUCCAGCCCAGGGCUCCGAAGGCGUGGCCACCAUUCGCUGCCACACGGGACCGGCGUCAGUCUCCCCGAGCACGAGCUGCGAAGCGGGACGGGUGCGGCAGCAAGCGGCAGCGGCGGCAGACGCGGUGAAUCUGCGGUGCUUCACAUGGAGACCGUGUCGAGACAAAGAGAGCUGGGUCAGGAAUCGGUGCAGCUGCGGGCGCUGAACGAGCGCCUGGAGUGUUACCUGCAGAGGGUGGCGGUACUGGAGAAAGAGAAUUCCACUCUGCGGGACCACAUCCAGGCGCUGAAGCCCGGCCCCGAUGGAGGGAGGCGCAAAGAGCUCGAGGCGGAGCUGGAGGCCUUGAGGCAGGAACUUGCCGAGGGAUUGAGAGAGACCGACCGCGCGGCUCUGCAGCGGGACGCGCUGCUGGAGGAGGUACGCCUGGUGGCCGAGAGAUGCUGCGGGGAGGCGCGCCUCCGCACUUCGGCCGAGAAGGAGCUUGCCGAGAGGAGAAAGUGGCUGGAGGAGGAGCAGCGGGGUCGGAAGGGAAUGGAGGGGAAAGUCCGGAUGUUUCAGGACGAGCUGGGGCACCUGGAGGAAGUCCAGCGUGAGGAGAGGAAUGUCCUACUCCAAGAAAAGGCCAGAAAUUCGCUGCGUUUCCCCACAACUCCCGUGCCAGCGCUCUCCCCUCCGGACCUCCGGCUUUGCCUGGGCGAGGUCGACCUGAAGUGGACGGAGGCGAGGGACUUGUACCGCGACGAGUUGACCCGGCUAGAGCGCGUGGUGUCCGAGGCCGGCCUGAGGCAGGAGGCGGCCCGGGAAGAGACAAGGCUGAACCGGCACCGGCUGCAGGGUCUGCGCGGGGAGCUGGAGACACUGCGGGAAAAGAGGCGGCAGCUGGAGGAGAGGCUGAGGCAGCAAAACAGAGCGAGCGAACAGGACACGCAGAGACUCCAGGCAACAGUCGGAGAACUGGAACGGGAAAGGGAGACCUUGGCGGUCAAGAUGGAGCAGAUUGUGGAGGAGCAGAGACAACUGAUGCAAAUGAAACUGGCGCUGAGUCUGGAGGUGGCCACCUACAGAGCGCUGCUGGACGCAGAAGCCCAAAGGAUACACUCGUCAGCCGGGGCGCGGGGUCUCCCGGCGUCACUGCGAGAUGCGCAGUUGGGAUUCCCCGGCGGGAAGGGCCUUUCGACCGAGAAACAUUCGGCCCCGGUCAGGCUGGAAGCUGGAAACGCCUGGAGAACUGCUCACCCGGGAGCGGUGACCGUGACGUCCGGGUGGAAAGAACGAAAUGCCCUCGCGGACGCAGCACCGACGCGCACCGAGCCCUCGGCGGACAUAGCCGACGGAGGGGCCUUGAAUGGGUCAGUCGCGACCUGGCCGGGAGAAUUCCCCGCGGAGAGAGAUUUACUGGACGGAGAGAGCGCACAGGACGUUCCUUUGGGCCGUGGUGCGAGAGACGAGGCCGACAAAUAUCCCACGGAUGAUCGGACCACGGAGACUCCGGACCAGGAGGACACCGAGGCAAAGUUGUUCGUCAAGCCUGCGGCGCAGCCGCCCUUAACGGGCUUGCUGAACGGGGGCAUUGCCGAGCCCGGGGCGGACGGAGGGAGACCACACGUCCCUCCACCAUUAUCUACCUGCCCUGAGUCGGCAGCCGAGGACUCUGGCCAUCCGAACAUUGGGGCUGGCCAAUUCAACGGGGAACUGAGGGACCCUGUGGAGGGGGAUUCUGAUUCCGAUUCACUGCGCGAAGCCCCGGGCUCAGCUGCGUGCCAAAACGAUGUGACUGAACGCCCCGUCGAAGUCGCAUUGUCUCGGCAAGGAACAUCCGAAGCGAGACCGGGGAAGGAGACACGGAGUGAUUCGGGCGAGGGUCGGUGGUCCGAGGAGGCGGCCGCAUUCAUUGAGGCGGAGGGGAUCUCGGUCGAAGAUCAAUGUUCUACGACGGCGAAUGCUCCUUGGGAGGAUUCGGCGAGAGAGGCAAGACCAGAGAAAUUGGAGACCAGACGACUGAGUGUGGAUAUGAGGCAGAUAAGGGAACAAGACGAUGAGGAGAUGACGGCGGAGAGCCUACUGCACGGUGGCGAGGAUGUGCCGAAGACGCACGAAACUAAUGACUCAGUCGACAGAGGAAGUGGCGAUGGGGCGGUGGAGGAAGGAGCACUAGGAGAGAGUGAAGCCGGCUACCCCGAAGGAUCCGGAGCAGAGGAAGGACAACUCAGCGAAAGCUUCCAGGAGCCGGAGGUCGAGGUGACCAGGAUCGAGGAAAGUCAAACGGACAAGAAAGUCUGCGCCAUGCCAGUCCGCGAGGACCUGAGUUCAGGGGAAGAACUGUCGGCUGUCAUGGAAGAGGCUGUGCUGAUGGAACCUCCGGCGGCCGAGGAUGGGGCUUCUGAAGGAUGGAGCCCGGAGAUGCCUGGGGAAUCUAUUCGGCAGCAUCCGGCCGAAGGAAGCCCCGAGGUGAAGGAAGAGAAGGUCUUCGGGAGGAAGGAGGAAGACCACCCGGAGCCGCUGACGGAGGGGAUGAAGGCGGAACCCCAGUCGGAAGCAGUGGACGCGCCGCUCAGACGGGAGGAGAUGGCGGAGGUGAAAGUCGAUUCGGAAGGAAAAUUCAGUCUUGAGACAGUCCCCACCCGUGAAGAGCCAGAGGUGGAAGAGAGGGCCCCAACAUCUGUAAGUGCGGAGGAGCCGGCGGACUACCCGCAGGAAGAUCGGGAUAGCAAGCCCCGGGAGAACCCAGAGGAAUUGCUCACCGUCGUGGCUCCGGUAAAGGAGGAGUUUGAAGCCGCACCGGAACCGGGGACCGAGCGGAUGGAGGCGGAACUCCGGUCUGAAGAGAUGGACACGCCUCUCCGGUGGGAGGAACCAGCGGAGGAAAGAAAAGACUCGGACGAAAGGCCCAGUCCCGAGAGAGUUUGUUCCCGUGAGGAGCAAACAGUGGAAAAGAGGAUCCCUACGCUAAUGGGCGCGGACGACCCGACGCGACAUUCUCAGGGAGAUCGGGACGAUGAGCCUCGGGAAAACUCAGACGAAUCACUAAGCCUUGGGCCUCGGGCGGAGGAAGAGAAGAAGGAAGAAACCAUUCCGGAACGAUCGACCGAGGGGAUGGAGACGGAAACUUGGCCGGAAGCAAAGGACGUGCCCCUCCGACGGGAAGAAACGGCGGAGAAGAGGGUCGACUCGGAAGGAAGGGCCAGUCCCGUGAGAGUCACCGUCAGUGAGGAACAAGAGAUGGAAGAACAGGUCCCAACACCAGCAUGUGCCGGGGAGCCGGCAGACUACCCUCAGGGAGACCAGGACGACGAGUCCCAGGAGGACCCACUGCGUCUUAGGCCUCGGGCAGAGGAAGAGGUAGUACGGGCGGAGGUAGAGGUAGUAGAACUGCGUCCAGAGGCAACAGACGCACCUCUCCAGUGGGAGAAGACGGCGGAGGCGCGGCUCGAUACGGAAGGAAGGGCCAGUCCUGAGAGAGUCACUACCUAUGAAGAGCCAAAGGUUGAAGUGAGUGUCCUAACACCAGUUUGUGCGGAUGAGACAGCGGACCACACGGAGGGAGUCCGAGACGGCAAGCCUCGGGAGAAAGCAGUCGAAUCACCACGCCUUGCGUCUCGGGUGGAGGAAGAGGAGGAGGCGGAACCCGCUCCGGAGCUAUGGACGGAGCGGUUGAAGACGGAACCUCGGCCGGAGGCAAAGGACGCACCCUUCGAGUGGGAGCAAACGGCGGAGAUGAGGGUCGAUUCGGAAGGAAGGGCCAGCCCCGAAAGAGUCACCGCCAGUGAAGAGGUAGAGGUUGAAGUGAGUGUCCCUACACCAGUAUGUGCGGAGGAGCCAGCGGAGCACCCGCAGGGAGACCGGGACGGCGAGCCCCAGGAGGGCUCAGAGGAAUUACUCACCCGCGAGUCUGCGGCAAAUGAGGAGAGUCUAGCCGCUCCGGAACGGUGGACCGUGGGGUUGGAAGCGGAAUCCCUCCCUGAAGAAGUGGAUGUGCCCUUCCCAGCGCAGGAGCGAAUGGAAGGAAGGGUCAUUCCCGACAGAGUCAGCCUGGAUGAGGAGCAAGCGGUGGAAAAGAGGGUACUAACGUCAGAAUGUGCGGAUGAGCCAGCGGAGGACCGAUUGGAAGUAAAGGCGACUCCGGAAAGAGUCACCCCAGAUGAAGAGCAAGCGGUAGAGCAGAGGACAUUAACGUCAGUAUGUGCCGAGGAACCAACAAAAGCGCGAUUGGAAGGAAAGGCGGUUCCCGACACAGUCACCGCCGAUGAAGAGCAAGCGGUAGAACAGAGGACAUUAACGUCCGUAAGUGCCGAGGAACCAACGGAGGAGCGAUUGGAAGGAAGGGCCAUUCCCGACACAGUCCUCCCCGAUGAAGAGAAAUCGGUAGAACAGAGGACAUUAAAAUCAGUAUGUGCCGAGGAACCAACGGAAGAGCGAUUGGAAGGAACGGCCGUUCCCGACACAGUCACCCCCGAUGAAGAGCAAGCGGUAGAACAGAGGACAUUAACGUCAGUAUGUGCCGAGGAACCAACGGAAGAGCGAUUGGAAGGAACGGCCGUUCCCGACACAGUCACCCCCGAUGAAGAGCAAGCGGUAGAACAGAGGACAUUAACGUCAGUAUGUGCCGAGGAACCAACGGAAGAGCGAUUGGAAGGAACGGCCGUUCCCGACACAGUCCCUCCCGAUGAAGAGCAAGCGGUAGAACAGAGGACAUUAACGUCAGUAUGUGCCGAGGAACCAACGGAGGAGCGAUUCGAAGGAAGGGCCGUUCCCGACACAGUCACCCCCGAUGAAGAGCAAGCGGUAGAACAGAGGAUAUUAACGUCCGUAUGUGCCGAGGAUCCAACGGAAGAGCGAUUGGAAGGAACGGCCGUUCCCGACGCAGUCACUCCCGAUGAAGAGCAAGCGGAAGAACAGAGGACAUUAACGUCAGUAUGUGCCGAGGAACCAACGGAGGAGCGAUUGGAAGGAAGGGCCGUUCCCGACAUAGUCACCCCAGAUGAAGAGCAAGCGGUAGAACAGAGGACAUUAACGUCAGUAUGUGCCGAGGAACCAACGGAGGAGCGAUUGGAGGGAAAGGCCGUUCCCGACACAAUCACCCCAGAUGAAGAGCAAGCGGUAGAACAGAGGACAUUGACGUCAGUAUGUGCCGAGGAACCAACUGAAAGGCGAUUGGAAGGAAAGGCCGUUCCCGACACAGUCACCCCCGAUGAAGAGCAAGCGGUAGAACAGAGGACAUUGACGUCAGUAUGUGCCGAGGAACCAACGGAAAGGCGAUUGGAAGGAAAGGCCGUUCCCGACACAGUAACCCCCGAUGAAGAGCAAGCGGUAGAACAGAGGACAUUAACGUCAGUAUGUGCCGAAGAACCAACGGAGGAGCUAAUGGAAAGAAGGGCCAUUCCCGACACAGUCACUCCCGAAGAAGAGCAAGCGGUAGAACAGAACACAUUAACGUCAGUAUGUGCCGAAAAACCAACGGAGGACCUAAUGGAAAGAAGGGCCAUUCCCGACACAGUCACCCCCAAUGAAGAGCAAGCGGUAGAACAGAGGACAUUAACGUCAGUAUGUGCCGAGGAACCAACGGAGGAGCGAUUGGAAGGAAGGGCCGUUCCCGACACAGUCACCCACGAUGAAGAGCAAGCGGUAGAACAGAGGACAUUAACGUCAGUAUGUGCCGAGGAACCAACGGAGGAGCUAAUGGAAAGAAGGGCCAUUCCCGACACAGUCACUCCCGAAGAAGAUCAAGCAGUAGAACAGAGGACAUUAACGUCAGUAUGUGCCGAGGAACCAACGGAAGAGCGAUUGGAAGGAACGGCCGUUCCCGACACAGUCACCCCCGAUGAAGAGCAAGCGGUAGAACAGAGGACAUUAACGUCAGUAUGUGCCGAGGAACCAACGGAGGAGCGAUUGGAAGGAAGGGCCGUUCCCGACACAGUCACCCCCGAUGAAGAGCAAGCGGUAGAACAGAGGACAUUAACGUCAGUAUGUGCCGAAGGACUAACGGAAGAGCGAUUGGAAGGAACGGCCGUUCCCGACACGGUCACCCCCGAUGAAGAGCAAGCGGAAGAACAGAGGACAUUAACGUCAGUAUGCGCCGAGGAACCAACGGAGGAGCGAUUGGAAGGAAAGUCCGUUCCCGACACAGUCACCCCCGAAGAAGACCAAGCGGUAGAACAGAGGACAUUAACGUCAGUAUGUGCCGAGGAACCAACGGAGGAGCGAUUGGAAGGAAAGGCUGUUCCGGACACAGUCACCCCCGAUGAAGAGCAAGCGGUAGAACAGAGGACAUUAACGUCCGUAUGUGCCGAGGAACCAACGGAGGAGCGAUUGGAAGGAAGGGCCGUUCCCGACAGAGUCACCGCCGAUGAGGAGAAAGCGGUGGAAAAGAGGGCACUAACGCCAGUAUGUGCGGAUGAGCUAGCGGACCACCAGCAGGAAGACUGGGAAAGCGAGCCCCAGGGGAACCCAGAGGAAUCACCAGGUCUUGGGCCUCUGGCGAAGAAGGAGUUAGAGGAACCUGGACCGGAAGCAAUGGACGUACACUUCCAGUGGGAGGAGAAGGCGGAGGCGUGUGUCGAUUCGGAAGGAAGGGCCAGUCCCGAAAGAGUCACCGCCCAUGAAGAGCUAAAGGUCGCAGUGAAUGCCCCUACACCAGAUUGUGUGGAGGAGCCAGCAGACCACCCGCAGGGAGAUCGGGACGGCGAGCCCCAGGAGAAGCCAGAGGUAUCACUAGGUCUUGAGCCUCGGGGAGAGGAUCAAGAGGUGGAAGCCGUCCCGGGUCCGUCGACAGAGGGGAAGGAGAUACCCCGAUCGGAAGUAGUGGACGCGCCCCUCCAUUGGGAGGAGACGGCGGAAGUGAAGGUCGAUUCGGAAGAAAGGGCCAGCUAUGAGAGCCACACCACCAGUGAAGAGCCAGAGGUGGACGAGAAGAUCCAAACACCAGUAGGUGGGGAGGAGACGGCGGUCUUCCCGCCGGGAGACCGAGACAGCGAGACUCGGGAGGGCCCAAAGGAAUUACUCACCCCCGAGUCUACGGCAGAUGAUGAGAUUCUAUCCGCUCCGGAACCGUGGACCGUGGGGAUGGAAGCUGAAUCUCGGCCGGAGGAAGUGGGUGUGCCCCUCCCAGCGGAGGAGCGGAUGGAAGGAAGGGCCAUUCCCGGCAGAGACACCGCAGAUGAGGAGCAAGCGGUGGAACAGACGGCACUAACGCCAACAUGUGCGGUGGAGCCAGAGAACCAUCCGCAGGGAUACCGGGACGGCGAACCCCGGGAGAGCCCAGAGGAUUUAGUCACCCCUGAGUUUCCGGCAAAGGAAGAAGAGGUGCCCGGGGCCCCUGGGCUGAAUUUCAGUGAGGAAGCGGGGACCGUCCCCGGAGAUGAUGGAGAACGGAAGGAGUGGGCGGGCGAGUUUGAGGUUGAGGCGGCACAAGUCCCGGAGCCUACAUUAAUUCAGGAGUACGCAGGCCAUGUACAGGAGGAAUGUGCGGAGUUGAAGACUGCGGCAGUGGGGGAAGAAGAAAGUAUCGGGACCGAAGAUACCGGCUUCAGUGAGGCGAACCUAGAGACCGGAGACCAGGAGACGGUGAUACAAGAGGAUAAGACAGAUCUGGAGGUGGCAGAGGGGGAAUUGGAGAGGAGCUGGGCGGACCAGGCAGAGAUCCCAGGAGAAGUGUCUGAGGAGAGAGGCGCGGAGAUCGAGGAGGAACCGGCCAUCCAACUGAGAGCUUCGGUCUCUGCCGAUGAAGACUCCCCACAAGUGAAGUCAGUAAGUCUUGCGGAGAUGGAGCUGGCUGAAGAUGAAGAUACAUUCCGUGUGGAGGAGGUAGGCGCGGGGGAGGAAGUGCCUCUCUCCUCGACUGAACUAACUGAGCCCAGAGAAGAGAUGUCCGCCACCGUUUCGGCUCUCCCUGAUGGGGCGGAAGAAAAGGGCAUUUCAACCUCGCCAGCUGCCCCGUCCUUGGGCGAGAAGCCGACGGCCCAGGAAGACCAGGCGUUGAGAGACUCCCCGGAGGGAGCUGAAGACCUGGCGCCGCCCUCACCCAGCCUGUCAAAUAUUCUCCCGGAAACUCCGGGCUCGGAGGACCAGUCACUGACCGAAUGGCAACAAGAUGUAGUUCAGGCAUGCGCGCUCCCAUCCCAAGGAACUGAUGUGCAAGAGGUCUCUAUCCCUUGGGAAGAACGGCCCGAUGGAUGCCAACUGAUCGGAGGGUUCCCUAAGGAAAGCCCUAGCGCCGGUGCGGUGGUAGAUUCCCGGGGGCAGGCGAGUGACGUCACCCCUGACGUGGAUGCGGAGGGUUCCCCAAUAGGACGUCUGACCCUGGAGGACAGUAUGAGCACCGAUGGCCUGGAGACUGAGGAAGCAGAGAGUGUGGAAAACGUGGACAAUUUCCAAGACGAGGCAAUCCCCGACUGUCCUGGAGACCCGACGAUAAGGAUCCAACAAGAGAAGGGGGAGAAAAAGGCUACAGCCGCAGAGCAAGAUGCGUCAACUGGUUUUCAAACUCCAGGCAUCCUCUUGCCCGACCAAACCGAGAUUCAGGUAGCUGCGAACCCAGAAUUUCAAAGAGUGGACAGCGAUAGACUUGAGGUGGCCGACCAAGAGAGGCCACAGGAAAAGAAAGAAGCGGAGGACCAACAUGCCCCGAGUUUGGAGUUAGCAGCAGAGAGACCGGGCCUAGAGAAGGAUGGCGGAUGUCCGCUGGAGGAGCGAGAGAAGGUAACGCUUCGGGUUGAGGCCGACGAAAGUGACAGCGGACAGAAUGAACCUCAGGGGCCACGGGUCGAUUUGGAGGAAAACUCGCUCAAAGUUGGAGCGUGGGCCAGGACUGGCAGCGGUAGUCUAGAUUCACAUGACGUCGCUGCGGGCUCGGGGGAAGGAGGGAUACCCGUGAAAGGGGAGGGACAACCCACUGAACCCCAGCCAAUGAAGGACGUGUGGGAGCCUGCAUCCUGCCCUGAGACUCUCAGCCACCCUGAGGACCUGGAAGAGGAGGCGUUAGCCGGUGAGGAGCCCUUGGUCAACCGAACAGGGAAAGGCAAGGACGAGGGUGACGGCGGCAGUGUUGACCUGCUCCUCAUCCCACAGGAAGCGAGCCCAUCCCGGGACCUGUUCCUCGCCCCGCAAUCAACGAGCUCAGCGCAGGACACCUGGAUGGCGGAGGACCGUGAACCGCGGCCGGACACUCCUCUGGUUACCAAAGACCGGCACCUGAACGGGUUGCAUGAUUACAGCGAGGUCCCAGCCAAGAGCGACGGCAGGGCGGCGGAAAUGAUCGCGACCGCCUACCACUAUUGGUCUUCCGAGGACGAAUAAUCACCACUUAACAUAUGGAGCCAACAGAACCCGAACAAAGUACCAUCGGCGAACCCGCAUCAGAGUAUAUACCUCGACUUGGAAGCCGCAGACUCUAGACCCAGUCUCCGCUGAGGCUACCCUGGGUGAUUAAUUGGAACUUUAAAACUAGGCUCCGGCUGGUAAGGGGUUAAACGGGCUGACUGUGGGAAAGCGGUCCGGCUACCAGACACAUCCCGCCUGGAGACUAUUAGCGUUUUAAAAAAAAAAUAAACGUGAGUGUGUUUAGCUGUGGGAGAAUAAAUAAAGGCGAACUG